CGGGGGAAGCUUAUAUAAUAGCAAUAAAACUGGGAAUUCGCUUAUUGCAUCCCCAAUAAUUAUGGAAACCUAAGCGACUGUAUCUCCCACAACUCUGUAAAUCGGCAUUCCAAACAACUAGGAACAAUAUAUGUUCAUGAUCAAAAUCCAAUCUUUCAAAUGUUCUGAAGAAUUAUCACGUAUUCAUUCUCUGGUCGUGAGUAGGACUGUAGGAGUAGUAGCAGUGGUCGAUAUUCAUCAAGCGUUGCUACUUGGGAGAAUGGAAUCUCACCCAAGUGCUCCCACAACAGAUGAUCCAUAAGUUGUUCUUAACGUUGCCAGAAUGCACGGGUGCUGUUUGAGAGAAUGUCACGAAGACAGGGUGGUUUGUAGUAGGCCCCACGGUGAUGAAAGUAUGAAAUUGAUAGGAGUCGUGUUGUAUCCAGGAGAGUAGGCGUAGAGACAAGUCGAUCCGCGCUAGCGGCAAGGCAUGUUAAUUUGUUGCAAACUUGCAACUACUGGGAAGUGAGAACCUGAGAGUAUUGAUUUUCUUGAGUACGUGGUGGGGCCGCAGUGGUGACAGCCCCCUCAGUUUGGGUUGUACAUAGUCCUCCGUAGUUAUUUAGUCAAGUCUAUCAUUGAUUCAUUGUAUAUUUGCAGACGUCUCUUUACACGUCAAUAACAAUAAAAAGGAGCAUAUAGGUGGGUGGAAAAAGAAGAAAGUUAAAACCCCUCUGAGGGCCCUCAGCACCCACCGACUGAAGGUGGACGGUUAUAUGGUGAUUGGGGUAUUCACUAUUCAGUACUGCAGGCAGGAAGCAGGCCCACUGCAGGUACACACCAAAAGACUGGAUCUUUAGCACUCUUGAGUCUUUUUAUUUUAAACUUAAUUUGUAUCGUGCUUGCAUACAUUCACUUCAAUCAUUACUUCCUGGAUUUCUUUAUUCAAAGAUCAAAUCUUUUUUCUCAUUGACCACGGAUACAAAAUAUAUACUUGUUGUACCCCUCGGGUUUUUGCAUGUAUUUGAAGAGGGAAAUUGAGAAACCCCACCUUAUAUACUUUUAUUAUUUAUUUAUUUUAAAAGUUAGGUUCGGCUUUAAAGUGGUGUUUGCCUUUGCAGCAUCACGUGCUUUUCUUUUCAGAUUCAUGGGCUGAUAAAAUUAUUACUAUAAUUCGUAGUAUAGCUCAAGAGGUUGAAUAGUAUGUCCCAUGUGCAAUUUCUUGGUGUAAAUGCCCAAUCGAGCACACACAAAAAAGAGUGUAGGAGUAAUGGCAAGGGGGUAUGAAGAUGAAGAGGUAUUUGGAGAGAGCCUAAGGGAAAAGCUUGGUGCUACAGCUAGAGAUAUUGAAUGGACCUAUGCAAUUUUUUGGUCCAUUUCUUCUUCCCAAACAGGGGUUCUGGAAUGGGGAGAUGGGUACUACAAUGGAGAUAUAAAGACCAGGAAAACGGUGCAGGCUACAGAAAUCAGUGCUGAUCAGUUGGGAUUACAGAGGACUGAUCAAUUGAGGGAGCUUUAUGAGUCUCUGUUAGCGGGUGAAGCCAAGCCACAACCAAAGAUGCACUCUGUUGCAUUGUCACCGGAAGAUCUCACUGAUACGGAGUGGUAUUUUUUGGUUUGCAUGUCAUUCAUAUUCAACAUAGGCCAAGGGUUGCCUGGGAGGGCACUUGAGAAGAAGCAAAGUAUUUGGCUAUGCAAUGCAGAUCAAGCAGACAGCAGAAUCUUUACCAGAUCAUUGCUUGCAAAGAGUGCAUCUGUUCAGACUGUUGUAUGCUUUCCACACUUGGGAGGUGUAAUUGAGCUGGGAACUACUGACUUUGUUCAAGAGGAUCUUGGCCUCAUCCAUCACAUUAGAACUUCGUGCCUGGACGGUCCUCACAUUAUCAUUUCCAAAGUUCCACCUAAUAUGAAUCCUUUUUCUCCUCCUCCGGAAUGUGUCGACAACAAUGAUAUAGGUUUGCCUUACAAGCAUUCCAAUGAUUCAUGUAUGGUUGAAGACAUCAACAGGGAAGCAUCACAGCUACAAAAUUGGAUGUUUGCAGAUGAUGAAGACGAUGUUAGCAAUUGCAUCGAUAAUCAUUCUGGGAACUCAAGCGAUUGUAUCUCCCAGAACUAUAUAAAUCGGCAUUCCGAACAACAACAACAAGGAAUAAUCGAUGUUCAUUAUCAAUCUGUUCUUUCGAAUGUGCUGCAAAAUUCUCACCAAUUCAUUCUCGGACCGAGCUCCCGGAGUAGUAGUGUUUGUGAUAGAUACUCAUCAAGCUUUGUUAGUUGGAAGAAGACAAACUCAACUAAAGGCAUAAGCGCUCCACCAGGACCACCACAAAGGAUCUUGAAGAAGGUUCUUCUUGAUGUUGCCAGAAUGCACGGAUGCUCCCUUAGAGAAUGUCACAGAGAGAAUGAGGUUAUUAGUGGGCCCCGAGCUGAUUUAACUGGUAGGAGCCGUGCUGCGUUGGAGAGCAGGCGUAGAGAAAAGUUGAACGAGAGAUUCAUGAUUCUUGCAUCUUUGAUCCCUGCUACUUGCAAGGGUGACAAGAUAUCUAUACUUGAUGAGACAAUUGGAUAUCUGAAAGAACUUGAAAGAAGAUGUAGAGAGGUUGAAUCUCAUAAGGACUCAAGAACAAGAGGAGUAUCUGAUGAUGGUGAUGAUGACAAUGACGAUGAUAUGGAUAAAGGCAACUCAUUGUCACAGAAGGGGAAGAACGAGGAUGAUAUGGAAGAAUGCCCACACGACAACAACAAGGGUUUCGCCAAGAAUGGUUUAGCUCAUGGUGUUAACAUUAGUGUAAAUGAAGACAAUGUCAUGAUCGAGAUGAGGUGUGUUUGGAGUGAGGGAAUUCUGAUUAAAAUAGUCGAGGCAUUGAACCAUAUGCAUUUGGUUUGCCGUGAAAUACAAUCCUCCAAUACUGAUGGGAUUCUUUUCGUGACUAUCAAAGCCAAGAUAGAGGAGUUGAAAGCCGCAUCAACAGGUGUGAUUACACAGACACUAUUGGGACUAACCUGAUCACUUUUGUUCCGUUGCAUAAUGUCUAGAAUGCCUUCCCUUAAACUUCUGUUUGUACUGAAUGAUGUAUAUGCCAACUUAACCAUCUAUUAUUCUUAGUGAGUGAAUUGUUUUUGUUUUUGCAACUUCGGUUGUAACUUGUGAGAGCCUCUUCUGGAAAAAAAUUGUAUAAUAAAAUAAUAACUUUAAAGAAAAAUUACUUUAAAUAAUAUCAACGAUUCGUUGAUGAACCAAUAAUAAAUGAAAUAAUUACAUAAAUAUGACUAAAA